UAUUCUAUUCUAUUCUAUUCUAUUCUAUUCUCUAUUCUAUUCUAUUCUAUUCCAUUCCGAAAAGAGCGCGGAGCCAACGCGGCACCGCCUGCAACCCUUUGCCCGUACGGCUCCCGGCCUGCGCGCUCGGACAUCUUGCUGUACGGAAGACAAUAGCUGGAAGGAGCUAUGUCGGACCCCCCCCCCACUCCCCAAGGUCCUAAAACCCACUCGGAAAGCGAGAGAGGGUCGGGUGCGCGGAGCGAAGUCUCUCUCCUCCGAUGGCUCAGCGCCCGCGGAGGGGUUUUAACCCCGAGACUCGCUGCGCUGGAGGCAGGAACGGGCUUUGCAUGCCCUGCAAAAGGGGGAGUGGGGCGUCCAGGCUGUGACUGGAGAUGCGUAAUAUGGGGCGGGACCCGCCUCUCAGCCGAUGAUGGGGCGAUGGGGCGGGGACAGCCCGUGGGAAAGCGAAGAGAAGCGAGGGAGACCUUGCGCUCCCGUGUCAUCAAAGGCUGCCGACUACAACGCCUAUCACCCGCAGCCUGGGGGAGGUAAGAGCCCCGGCGUCUUCCAGAUGGACUUGGACCACAGCUCCCAUCGCCCCCCAGUGUCCGAAAGCUUAGGAUUUGUGGGGAGGGGGAAAAAAAACCCAGAAGACAUGGAAAGAGAAAAUCCCAGCAAGGAAACUGUCCUCAUUACAGGUGGAAGUGGAUAUCUUGGUUUUCGGCUGGGUUUAGCCCUAGCCAAGAGCAAAGUGGAUGUGAUCCUGCUUGAUGUUUCCAAGCCUACCCAAGAGAUGCCCAAAGGUGUGAAAUUUGUGCAGGGUGAUGUGUGUGAGAUCCAUGAAGUGGAACAAGCACUCCAGGGUAUGUCUUGCGUCUUCCAUAUUGCCUCCUAUGGAAUGUCUGGCCGGGACCAGCUCAACCCAAAACGUAUAGAAGAGGUGAACGUCAAAGGAACUGACAACAUCAUUGAAACUUGCAGGAAGGUUGGCAUCUCCAAACUUGUAUACACAAGCACAUACAAUGUAGUCUUUGGGGGCCAGGUUAUAGAAAACGGAGAUGAAUCUUGGCCUUAUCUACCCCUCCAUCUUCACCCUGACCAUUACUCAAGGACCAAAGCUUUGGCUGAAAUGAAAGUUCUCAAGGCCAAUGGGACAGUCCUAAGGGACGGUCAGGGAAUUUUGAGGACCUGUGCCAUAAGACCUGCUGGCAUUUAUGGACCAGGAGAGCAGAGGCAUCUUCCAAGGAUUGUCCACUACGUGGAACAGGGAUGGUUCUGGUGUGUGUAUGGGGAUCCUAGCAGCCUGGUGGACUUUGUGCAUGUAGAUAACCUGGUGCAAGCUCACAUUUUAGCAGCAGAGGCUCUGGGUGCCACCAAAAACCACAUCGCUGCUGGCCAAGCCUAUUUCAUUUCCGAUGGGAAGCCAGUCAAUAAUUUUGAAUUCUUUCGCCCUUUGGUAGAAGGUUUAGGAUACACCUACCCCUCUCUCCGCCUUCCUCUAUCCCUUGUUUACUUCUUUGCAUUUGUUACUGAACUGGUCCAUUUUGCGCUGGGACGCCUGUAUAACUUUCAGCCCCUCCUCACUCGCACCGAAGUUUACAAAACUGGUGUGACCCAUUUUUUCAGCUUAGCCAAAGCUAGAAGGGAGCUGGGCUAUGAACCUGGGCAUUACAGCCUGCGCGAAGUGGUGGAGUGGUUCCAAAGCCACGGUCAUGGCCAAAAGCUUCGCAGGUCCUCAGAAAAACACUUCAUACAAAAUGCAGCCCUGGUCUUCCUUGCAGCAGUGAUGGUCAUUUUGUACAUCCCAACAUUUUCUUGGAGUUUCUUUUGAAGCUCCUCAAAUAAGAAAACGCAACAAGCAGCGCGUUGACCCAGAGGCAGAGCUAUCGCCUCACACUCAGGAGACUGUGAGUUCGAUCCUAGGCAGCAGAUGAUGUUUCUCUAUCUGGGCUCAAGAAGUAAUUGUUGCGAACUCUGUGUAGGCAUCCGGAAGGGCAUCCAGCCAGUAAAUUCUCAAGCGCCAUUCGGUUGCCUCGACUCCAUCCUGAUGCAAGGGAUUACAGGGUCGUUAAAAGGAAAAAAAAAAAUACAGCAAUGCAAAGUUUCUUUGCUGCUCCAGGCGGAAAGAAACUGGAAGCAAGAUGGCAUCCAAAGCUGGCCUUUUCCCUCUCCCAGUGGGAUUCUUUCCCUGCUCUAUCAAAUCUCCCCUUCACUUUUCUGUAGUUGCACCUGUGACGUAAAGGGAUGUGAUGUGUAUGGGAUACAUCUGGCAGGACCCAGAAGAAGGGCCUUCUCCGUAGUGGCUCCCUCACUGUGGAACAUCAUCCCUGCGGAGAUAAGAUGGACUCCCACUUUGACAGUCUUUCACAAGGCCCUGAAGAUGCAGUUCUCCAAACAGACAUGGGAAAUCCAGAAUGGGAUGGAAUUAAGUGACUUGCUUGAUUGUCUGUUUUCAGCAGGGGUAAUGGGGGCUUUACUGUUUUUAAUUCUUUUAUAUUUGUUUUUUUUUAAUUGUUUGUAAGCCUCCCAGAGUCAGUGAGAAUAAGCGGUGGGUAUAUAAAUGAAAUGAACAAACAAAGAAAUAAAUAAAUAACCAACCCACCAACCUUGGGAGUGGGAAAAAGAACAGUGGCUUAGAGAAUGGUCAAAUAUGAGAACUUUUGAGUCCAAAGCCAAAAAAUGGGAGUAGACAAAGCAUCUCAAAAAGGACUCUCUCUUGAUCUUGGGAACCUAAAAGCAGAGGAGAGGGAGAAGCCCCUUCAGAUGUUCAAGAUUCUGUUACUGUAACCUUAUAAUAAAGGUGGUGUGAGUAGUCGUGAUUUGGGUUUCCUGUCUGGACAUAACCUUGAAAGGCUGACUUCUAUUUUAGUUGAACCCUUUUCUUUUGCAGGAAAAGUCAGGAUUAUGAGUUUCUUGCUAUUUACUGAAUAAUGCAUCUGCUUCUUUGUAAACACUGACACAGGAGGCUGGAUGUGCAGUUAAUCACCCAGCCACUCAACUGAGUUUCUUCCUGGAACCAUUCUUGCAAAAUACACUUUCAGACUUAUUUUACA